CCAAAAUGUUACAAGAGGAUGCUGAAAUCCCAUGUUCUGUUGGGGAGAUACAAUAUGUUCGAGAUACUUAUGACACAUUUCUUCCUUGGCCAAAAGAUUUAAUUAUGACUGACCAGGGUCCUCUAAGAAAGAAACCUCCUAUGUCAAAAAGUUCAUCCAAGGAUAUGUCAAAACCUCCUAUGACUAGCCCGCAUCUGUCAUCAGCUGGGUCUCACAUCAAUCCAGAAAACACUCUGACCGAAGGCCAACCAUUUGCCGAUCACAUCAUGAAUCGCAUCCAUGUUAGCCUUCAGUUUAUGGUGAGAGAAUUUUGCAGAGUUAAGGGAAUAAACUCAGUCGUCUCCAUUCCAGUGGACCCAACAUUCAUGAAUCGCGAGUCAAUAUUCCUAACUUCAGAGGAUAAAAUUUUGUAG